UUCAGUCAAGGUUAUUAGCGUAGUAACUAGGAAUUAGAAAAAAACAAAGAAAAAGGAGUAGGAGGAAGUACAUACAGAAGCAAUACGUAAUUUUACAACCGACCGAAUUUUUAAAAAAAGUCUAGGAAGCCAGAGGUAUAUAACGAGUAGUGAACAUAUUGUCGUUACAGUAUGUUAAAUUCCUUCGGAAUGAGGACAAUUGUACGAUAUUGAUAAUUGCAUUAAUUAUUAUUAGAAGGAAGAAUAUUUAUCGCGCUAACGAUAAACCAAUAUCUUGAAUAAUUGAGGAGAAAGUAAGAGAAAGUUUCUUAUGUGUAAGCAUUUAUCACGGCAAUCUUGAAGAGAAGUCAUUUCUUAAAAGAUCGUUCCCGGUUCGACACGUGCGCUUCGAAAUUCUUAUGCGAGACGAGUGACACUAUAUCGAUAGAAGUCUCGUCGAUAGAAGUACAUAUAUAUAUUAGAACAACGAUCUAAUACGUAUUUGUUGACUUGUAUAAAGAUUGUUUACAAAAUCAAUCGACGUGUCGGUUAAUAAAUUUUUUAGAGUGAAACAAAAAAAGGCAAAGAAAAAGAAAUUAAAAAUUAAAAAAUAUUCAAAACGCAAUCUCUCGUAGUCCAUAAAUCGAUCAUCUUUGUUCAGUUUCAUUGUCAAGAUCUUAAGUAUAAAAUAUCGAAUAAUCGAGUUUAUCCAAGUGAAAAAAAAGGAACGCAAACAUGGACGUUAAGGAUUUUCUUGAUUUUGGUAAAGCCUCCAUGGAUUUUAUCGUAAAUUAUAUGGAAACAUUGAGAGAUAGACCUGUUCUUCCGAAUGUUGAACCAGGAUAUCUCAGUCAAUUGAUACCGGAAGAAGCACCUAAAGAAGCAGAGACUUGGCAAGAGGUCUUCAAAGAUAUUGAAAGAGUGAUCAUGCCUGGGAUAACCCAUUGGAAUUCGCCUAAUUUCUACGCGUAUUAUCCUUCUUCCCAAUCGUAUGCAUCCAUCAUUGGUGAACUUUUAUGCGCCGGAAUUGGAGGUGUUGGAUUUUCUUGGAUAUGUUCGCCCGCCUUUACCGAAUUAGAAGUUAUAACAUUAAAUUGGCUUGGAAAAAUGUUAAAUCUACCAUCCGAAUUCUUAAAUUGCGGCAAUGGAUCCGGAGGAGGUGUUAUACAGGGUUCCGCCAGUGAAACUACGAUGAUCUGUUUAAUAGCAGCCAAAGAUCGAAAGAUUCGACGUAUAAAAAGCAUUCAUCCAGAUUGGGACGAACACAUAAUUAAAUCCAAAUUAGUAGCUUAUAGUUCAGAUCAGGCAAACUCGUCCGUUGAAAAGGCAGGACUUUUAACUUCUGUACAAAUGAAACUUUUACCUACAGACAACAAUUGUAGUCUCCGUGGGGAAACAUUAUUACGAGCAAUUGAAAAAGAUUUAAAAGACGGUCUUAUACCUUGUUACGUUUGCGCGACAUUAGGUACUACCGGUACUUGCGCCUUCGAUAAUUUAGAAGAAAUAGGACCAAUUUGUAAUCAAUACGAAAUAUGGCUUCACAUCGAUGCCGCAUAUGCCGGUGCAGCUUUUAUUUGUCCUGAAUAUCGACACUUGAUGGCCGGUGUUCAAUAUGCAGAUUCUUUUAACGUCAAUUGCCACAAAUGGUUGCUCCUUAACUUUGAUUGUUCAGCAAUGUGGGUAAAAAAUUCGAAAUAUCUUAUUGAGUCACUCAGCGUCAAUAGAAUUUAUCUGGCAUACGAUAAAGAAGGUCUUGCUCCUGAUUAUAGAGUAUGUUUUUUCUUGAAAUAUUAUUUUAAUUUUGUAUACGAAUUUUUAACAAUACAUUACGUUACUUCUCUUUUACAGCAUUGGCAAAUAUCAUUAGGACGUCGUUUUCGUUCUUUAAAGCUUUGGUUCGUUUUACGUCUUUAUGGGAUAGAAGGAAUGCAACGACACAUAAGGAAUAGUAUAUCGUUGGCACAAAAAUUCGCUGAUUACGUCGAAUCCGAUGAAAGAUUUGAACUCGUUACGAAUUCCAUGGCUCUAAUCUGUUUUAGGUUGAAGGGAGAUAACAAUUGGACGAAAGAACUUCUUACUCGCUUGACCGAGCGAAAACGUAUUUACGUUAUUAUUGCAUCGUUAUGUGAAAAAUAUAUCAUACGGUUUUGUAUAUCCAGUCGAUUAUGUCAAGAAAAGGACAUUGAGUUCGCCUGGAAGGAAAUCAGUGAGCAAGCCACGGAAAUUCUUCAAACGAAGCUUCGUCCUAUAGAGGAAAUUUUAACUCAAUCAUCCGUGAAAUCGUACGAUGAUAUAGUGCUCAGGAUAGAGAAUUCAAAACAUAAAUCCAACAACAUCACGCAAAAAAUCACGUAACUUCUUUUU